CCAAAACAUGUGCUUUUUUAAAAUACGCUGCGAACUCCAGGGUGUGUUUGCAUCGCUCUAGAAUUUCUCCUGUGGUUUCAUUAAGUAUAUUUUAGGACAGCCAUGUCCAAGCCCUUUGCAUCUAUUAGUAACCCUCUCUAGCCACAUUCCCACUCUUCACCCUUUAAACUUUUGGUUUUCUUCGCUACAAUUAGUUUGCUAUAAACGUAAUGUUACUUACCCCAUCAGAGCUUGAAUGGUUAACUCUUCUGAGCUUCUAAGAGCAACUAAAGAUUUGCACAUUUACUGACUGGUUACAUUGAUGCCUUUCCUUAAAAGUUAUAAAACAGUAAACUUUAUAAGCCCCAGUUCCGGCUAUAUGACAUUUGGGUGCCAAAUGAAUAGGGUUUUGUCUAUGAAUUAGAUCGUAAAAUCAUCCAUAGCACAGACAGAUAGGCUCACUGGCUAUAAAAAGUCACGUGGUGCCAUUAAAGUAAGUUUUAUGGUUUUGGGGAGUUGACAUCCAACAUUAUAUACCACAUAACAUAUAAUCUCACUGACGCUGGACUUCAUUUGACUCUUUUGCAGGCUACGUGUGCCUCCUGGCCAUUCAAAUUGUCAGGUUUAGGGACAGAAGUAUCCAAACCACAAGUUCUCAGUACUAUGUGAAAAAUGGCUCCUUGCAAGUCAAAGGGAGCCCCGAAACGAAGCCGCUCGGCCGGGGCGGUGGAAGAAGCUGGGAGCGCCUCAGCCCAUCCCUGCGCAGCUGGAGGAGGUCUGCCCGGAGAGGCCAUUGGAGGAAGAGCGCCACGUGACAGAGGGGUGCCAAUGUUAUUCUCCAAGGGUGUCAAGACCCUGUCAGUUUGCGAAAUAAAUAUUGGGAAACAACGAAAUGCAAAAAGCGACCUACUACGACAGCUCUGCAAUCUAUGGUGCCUACCCCUACCAAGGAGCAAAUGGUUUCACUUAUAAUGCGAGUCAGCAGCAAUAUCCUCCAUCUUCAUCACUUGUGGAAACUGAGUACCAUCGCCCCGCGUGCUCCCUCCAGUCCCCUGGCAGCUCUGUGUCCCACCACAAGGCCAAUGACAUCAGUGAGAGUUGCAUGAGGACCCUCCCCAGCCAGACUCUCCAGCCCCCCAGCCUCAGUGACCCACAGGCUCCACCGCAACCGCCUCCAGCCCAGCAGUCACAACCUCCACCUCCGUCCUCCACCUCACCAUCUCAAAAUGCCAGCAGCAACCCUGCCCCGGCCAACCCUACCAAGAGCCCAGCUCUUAACUCACCCACCGUUUCCAAACAGAUAUUCCCAUGGAUGAAGGAGUCUCGGCAAAACACAAAGCAGAAAAACAGCAGUUCCAGUUCAGGUGAGAGCUGUGCUGGUGAUAAAAGCCCUCCAGGGCAAGCCUCCUCUAAGCGAGCCCGUACAGCUUACACAAGUGCCCAGCUGGUAGAACUGGAAAAGGAGUUCCACUUCAAUAGGUACCUUUGCAGGCCACGAAGGGUAGAAAUGGCUAAUUUGCUCAAUCUCACAGAAAGACAGAUCAAAAUCUGGUUUCAAAACCGCAGAAUGAAAUACAAAAAGGAUCAAAAGGGAAAGGGUAUGAUGACCUCUUCAGGAGGACAGUCCCCAAGCAGAAGCCCCGUCCCUCCAGCUGCUGGGGGUUACCUAAACUCUAUGCAUUCUUUAGUAAACAGUGUUCCCUACGAGCCCCAGUCGCCUCCACCAUUUAACAAGCCUCAUCAAAACACCUAUGGCAUCCCUGCAUCGUAUACUGCUCCUCUUAAUAAUUGCCCACCUCCUCAAAAGAGAUACACGGGCACAGCAGCUGUGACACCUGAAUAUGAUACUCAUCCUCUUCAAGGCAACGGUUAUGGGAAUCCACAUAUACAGGGAAGCCCCGUCUAUGUAGGGGGCAACUACGUGGAGACCAUGACCAAUUCUGGGCCUUCCAUCUUUGGUCUAACUCAUCUCCCUCAUCCUCCCUCUGCCAACAUGGACUACAGCGGGGCUGGGCCAAUGGCCAACAAUCACCACCAUGGACCUUGUGAUCCGCAUCCAACAUACACAGACCUUACCGCUCACCAUCCUUCUCAGGGAAGAAUUCAGGAAGCGCCCAAACUCACUCAUCUGUAAGAGACAGGAGUCACUAAGAGGAACACCAAGCCCCCAAGUUUUGGAAAG